GAGAGAGAGAGAGAGAGAGAGAGAGAGAGAGAGAGAGAGAGAGAGAAGUGGAGCACCAACAUGACAUGAAGAGCGCGCAGAAAACAAGCAGCACUGCGUUUACGCACCGGCACGUAGCUGCACUCAGUCGAAGAGCUCCUCUCUGACUGAUCCAGACGCGCCGGCGGAGGGUUCCGUGCGUCGAAGCGCACAGCGGAUUGUUGAACCGGAGCGGGGCAGCGCGUGUCCGUUGUGGAAUCUCUGCACGCGGUAGCCUUUCAUCUUCCAGGCACCUGCAAAGAGAAGACAGAAAAAAGGAAGGAGAGAGAGGGAGAGGGAGAGCAAGGCUCCACAAGAGACUGAUGCACUGAGGUAGACGGGACGGCCUACAUCUUGGUGUAUUUUGUGGAGAUCUAGGACAGUUUCCUUCCAACUGAGCAGUGGACUGUUCUUAUGCAAAACAUUAACAACCAGCAGCAGAAAGAAUCAAAGGACACAACCACAAAAAAUACAAAAAACCCAGCAAACACCUCAGUUCUGUUGAUGCUUUGAGCCUCUAAUGUGAAUCAACCCCCUUUCAAGUGGAUAAAUGAGGGUUUCUGAUGCUGAGUUCCAAGUCUUCAUCUUUUUAGCUAAUUUGGACACUUGAGGUUCCUAACAGACUAAACCUGCAAUAAAGAGACUUUACGGGAAAACAUUCACAGGUGUUUUAACGCCAACCGUGUUUGCCUUGACUUCCGGUCUAGUUCUAUCUCCAGUUGUCGCAGUAACAUCUCAAACUGGCUGCCACUAGACAAGAAUGGAAAAUCUGACAUCAGCACUCAAGACAAUAAACAAAAACUCAGGGAAUAACCUCAACUGCCUGGAGAACUUCAGUGGCUAUGAAGAAACUCUCCCAUCGCUCCAAGGCACGCCGACUCGUCUGGGGCGCCUCAUCAAACCCAAACCCAAUGUGACCUGCAGGCGAAAACGGGAGUUCAUUUCCGAUGAGAAAAAGGACGCCUCCUAUUGGGAGAAACGUCGCAAGAACAACGAAGCAGCCAAACGCUCUCGGGAGAAGCGACGCCUCAAUGACAUGGUUUUGGAGAACCGUGUCAUUGCAUUAAAUGACGAGAAUGCAAGACUCAAGACAGAGCUGCUUCAGCUGAAGCUGCGCUUUGGCCUCAUAAGUACCGCCUCCUACAUUGAAAAGAGCCAGCAGAUUGGUGGAGGCAGCAACACAGGAAAUGGAGGGUCUGCUGUCUCUUCCGGUUCCUCUUCGUCCACCCAAUACUACUCCAGUGGGUACUCCAGCAGUUCUCAGGUGAUGUUGAACUCUGACUCCUCUGAAACUGAGCAAUCAGGAUGCAGUGAAGGUCGCAGGAAGCUGGCAAAAUAUUCGCCACGUGGCUCCCUUUCUGACAUGUCCGACGGCUCCUCCAGGGACAGCCCUGAGCCGAUUCCCUUCGAGAUCAAACAGGAGGGGGACCGACUGGAGAUGGACAUCGCCAGUAGCACCACCACCCAGAUCAUGUUUAACAUUCACCACAGCUUGGCCUCUGUACCCACUCACCACCAGAUCCAGCAUUCUCAGGAGCUGGAAGCUGCAUAUCACAGUCAGCAGCAGCAGCAUGUUCACCAACAACAGCAGCCUCCUCAGGAGCCUGUCACCACUAUCAACACCGUCAGCCAGCCUGCACUUCGCCCAACAUCUGCCCAGAGGAGCGUCAUUCUCUAUGGCUCCAGCAAUACCUCCUAUCCUGUGGAAUCCAUGUCUCGGUCCCAGGACAUCGAUCUGCAGGCAGCUCAGAAACAAAGCAGCAGCAACAACCCAGCAUGUGUCAGCCGGCUUCCUGUGACAGCGAUCGCCACAGAGGCACUGACCGAGGCGGCAGAGGAGCUGGAGAGGAAGACUUCAGAAUCACCUCCAUAUGAGCUGUCAGACAGCAACGAGGCUGGAGACCAACAGAUGUAUACGGUUUGUCAGCUUCAACAACAACACAUGCAGCAGGAGCAGCAUGAAGUUGACUUAUCUGGAGAUCUUCUCCACAAUCAAGAUGAUGAGGUCAACCAAUCUCAUCUCUACCACCAUCUCCAACAGCCUCAUCACCCAUACCUCAUUGCUCAAGACGAGGAGCCACCUGUGCUUACCUAUGAGGGCGGAGCUAUGAAUGAACCUUACUACCAGGGUCCGUCUACUUCCUCUAGCAAGGACACCUCCUCCAGUGAUGGAGAUCCACGCAGCUCUGACAAAGAGGUCUCCACAGAUGAAGACGAGCCCCCAUCCUCCUCCUUCUCAGACAUGGGUAGCUACCAAAAUCAGCAUUUUGUGAGCCUCCUCCAGCCUGCAUCACCUUUGCCUUUCCAGGGCUGCUCUCAACUCCAGGGCCACGGGGAGAUGAAGUGCACAGCACUGCCCCACAAACUCAGACUCAAACACCGCGCCAUGAGCACGGGGAGCAGCAGCAGCAGUGGCGGCAGCUGCUCUGGCCAGGAGUCCCCAACCACGCCUCCUUCCGCCACACCGCCACCUCUGCCCCAGCACCCCUACUUGGCCCUCACACCACAACAGAACAUGAAGCCGGACAGCCCGAGUCCGAGCGGAGACUGUAAGCAGGCAGCCUUAGGAGAGGAGACAAGGAAGGACGAGAAUAAAGAGACGGACAGUCGACGAAACAAAAGGCAAGAUUAGAUGACAUCUCUUUUUAGAAUUCAACAUUUUGCAUUGUUCUCCUUUAAGAAGUAUGCUGCCAUCAUGCCUUGGCUCCAUAAAUCGCCAUUUGAGCCCUUGGGACAAAGAUGCUGGGCUUUUCUACCCCCUGUACCCCCCAUGCCAUUAAAAAAAAACAAACAAAAAAGGCUGGGUUUCCUGUGGGGCUUCCUGUAUCAUACUUGUGUAUAUUGUACAGAUUUAUCAUUUCUUACGUCCUCUCCAUUCUUAGAGAAGCACUUUUGUUUAUGUAAUGAGAGGAGGAAUGGAACUGCCUGUUUUUCUGCUGUUAUCAUCCAGCAAUAUACAGCAGAGCACAUCAGCAAAAGCACACAUUGGUCUUGUCAAAUGAGAAUGUAGUGGAAUAAAAAUUUCCAGCUUUGUCAGCACUAUAAAUUUGGUACUUGCAGAACCUGACUGUAGACACACAUACACACAUAUGGCUAACUGCCUUAAUGAAAAAUCAAAUGCAAACAUACACUGGGGACAUUCCCUUGACCAAAGAAGCACCAACGUCACCGACACUACAAAUAUUAAAGUUCCAUACCUCUUCCCACACCCUACCUCUACCAACCCCAACAUCUCCAUUAUUUUACAAAAAAAGAUAACAUCACCUUUAUUUUUCAAGCACUUGUUUUGUAUUGUGAUAUAUUAAUAUAUGUACCUAUUAUAAAUAUAUAUUUUAAAUAUGCAUUUGAAUACAAAUUAUUCAAAAAUACUGCGGCAAAUCUGUAAUGGUAAAAA